AUGCACAUCGAAUGUAUCAUAUGCUUGGCUGUGGCGAGAACUGGAGCGCCAGCCACCUUCCGAAUUACUGCGCUCGAGUCAAUUGGGUCCAAGACCUUCCCCAGCAUGGACACUGUGGCCGCGACCAUCGACGGCAUUACUCCCCUCCUCUUUGGUGCUUUGGAAUAUGAGGUAGCCAGGCACACCCACACAACGGCCCGCCCACAAGCUACCGGUAAAUACAGUACAGUACAACAGCAGCAGCAGCAGCAACAACAAUUGAGUUGGAUGUCACCCGCCUCCCUCGAUUGCUCAUCGACCGGGCCGAGUCGCAACCUGCCCGAACUCGCAUAUUCAAUUCAACGGCCUUUGAGUUUCUCCUAUGGUGAGGGAUUCCACGGCUCAAGCUGGUUGGCAUCCAGCAGAACAGUCCCCGACGAGGAACAGAGGAAGAACGAGCCAAAGUCCCGUUACCGAUCACUCGCUAUCGCGAGAACCCUCCGAUUCUCCGAUGCUCAGCGCGUCGUCCUCCAACAACCAUUCCUUGUUUUCCUUUGGGAGGAAUGGCUAAAUGAGAACACCACGACAUCCUUCGAUUUCCUGCCUUCCGUAAACUUCGAUGAUUUGCAGAGCAGUUUGGAGUCCGCAUCCACCGACUUCAAGCUGACCCAAUUCCCGUCGCCUACGGGUCAGGGUAGCAUCCUCGAAGCUCACGGAAUGGCCUCUACGGUUCCCGAGAAGACCAACAUAACACAGUAUGGCAGCAGUACACGCGUCGCCAUGUCCCAGCCCCAAUCACAAGGCCAGAACUCAUCACGAAUUGGGACGGCUGGGUCCAUCCCCAGGCGGCCCAGCAACGCAAGCACUCGUUCCUUCGCAAUGCCCACCUCUGCGUCGACGGGUUCUCUUGCCAAUGGCCCCUCUAUCGAAGGAGCCCCGACAGCCCCGGCCGCUAUGCGAGCACGAAGACAAAGCCACUACCCGCCAGUUUCGAACAGCAACAUUGCUAAACCACCUCGAAAAUCUGUCGGUCCCGGAGUGUUAGAGUCUGAGUAUGGGGCACGGAACACGGCACGUCGUCGCCCUAGUCUGACAACGAACAUGCCUUCAACCGGACGAGCUUCUAUAGAUGAGGGGGCUAGGUUAAUCUUCGGAGAUCCCACACGCAGCACAGCAAGUUCAAGGGCAUCUAAAGCCAAAUCUGUUGGACCUCCACCGAGGGCCAGUCAGGCUACCCUAUCUCCCGACACUAGUAUCAACUCGGAGCACUUUCCGGUCGGUGGCACGGUGUCUCGAUCCCCGCGAUUUCCAGGCCAGAACUCUGCAAAACGGCAGUCAGUCAUACCGGGCGUCGUGGCUACGGGGUUGGGAGCUCGGACCAUCAGCCCAACUGAUUCUCGGCGAAUGAAGCGUAUGUCCCUAAAGGCGCCACCAACCAGCACACCACAGGUCCCAACUGUUCAGGCUGCUGUGGCGGAUGCGCGUGCUAGUUCCCGUUCACCGUCCAUGCUUCCGCGCAAGACCUCUACGCCCUCUUCGUCUCGAACUACUCCAGACCCAAAUCGAAAGUCAUAUAGCUCUGGUCUAUCUGUCAACUCGGUCAACAGCUUCAACACCGUACGGACGUCUACAGGCUCCAUGCAACGGCCUGUCCAAAAUGGCACGUCAAGAUUACCCGCACCAAAGACUCUGAACGUCCACAACCCGGCCAACCAAGAGGAAGAGGAAGACGUGCCUCCUGUUCCUGCGAUCCCCAAGGCCUAUGAAUCACCCAAGGACUCGCCAGCCGAGUCCUCAUUCUUGGAUAAGCGAAAGUCUACCCUAGCUUUUGACGCUAGCAGCAUCCACAGUACCUCGACGGCCAGUUUAUCAACUUAUCCAUCCUUGGAGCAGCCUGGAAAGGCGUCAAGAAGAACUAGUAUUCGAAAGGUUAGCCACCAGAACAUUACUCUGGAUCUGGAUAAGAAGGGCAAUGUUUCGCAAUCCAAGAAAAACCUGCAGCCUCUGCGGUUACCACCGCUCACCCUUGGGCCCUUGAGUACACCUACAGCGGCAAAGAUCGCCGCUCUCCAAGAGCAAGGCUCGGCCCAGAGCCUCAGCGCGACUCCUCCGCCGAACCGACGAACCUCAAAAACACCGACCACGCCCAUGACGGCGUCGAAGAGCUCAUUCUUUUCAAGGCAUCGACAUACUGAUAAGGCGGAAGGAGCCAAUCUCAGGAGUAGCAGCUCCAUCUACAACAUUCGGACCGAGAGUCCGGGACAGGCAAUUGACACGAACUCGACAGAUUCUAUCAAGGCUAUAAAUGUUCGACAGCCGGCACAGAAGCCAUCUGUGUCUCCAUAUCUGUCUUCAUCACUUCCCAAAGGUGGACUGGAGAGUGGAGGGUUCACGCAGCAAAGAAGAACCAAGACCGGCAACGGUUUCAGUAAUGGUGUCGAUGUCACUGUAGGGUCAAGUAUCACACAACAGCGCCCGUCUGGACCUCGUGAACCCGCAGCAAGCAAGCCUCGUGCACCGAAAUCUCCCGGCCCACUAUCUAGUCCCGAUGAGCCACCAACUCCGUCUUCGAUGAGCUCGCUUAGGCGCAAGCUCAGCUUAUCCUGGAAGCGUAGCGCAUCAAAGGCGAGCGUUUUGACCAACGGGGAUAAGACCUUUGAUCAACAUGCGGCCGAAAGCAUGCCGCCGCCACGCCUUCCAGCCUCGUCGACCAUGAAUCAGUUGACAAAGAAGCCGCCGAGCCCAAGCUCUUCGUCAAAACCCAACGGUAACUCGAGCUAUCUUGAAUCUCGACGACGCAAGAGUUCUGCCUCCAGCCUCAACGCAAUUGUUGCGCAAGAUCGUGUGCGCAGUGAUAUCUGGGGAUCCAAGAAUGAAUCUAGUCAGAGCAACACCUCAGAUCGCCCGCCGUUGUCUCAUAGUUCUUCAGUGAUGCAAAAGAUCCUCAAGCCGAGGGCGGCACCCAACACGAACCGCCGCCAGGAUGUUUGGACUGCGGAUCUAGACAAGGACGACCUGAUUGCUGAGGAGGAGAUGAGGAAGUUCGGGUCGCGACGAAAGGAGACUGAAUUGGCUGCCAAGACGUUGGAUGCGCUGCGAAAGAGGGCCAGUCCCAAGGAGCGCGUGAGUCCGCAGGAUGCCAUCAGGAUCGCCAUGCUGAACAUUUAUGAGCGCGGUGAGAUAGUGGAUUACAACGAUAUCUACUUCUGCGGCACUCAGAACGCAGCCAAGGUUGUGGGCGAUCUCAAGUCGUCUAUCCCCAACUUUGGAUAUGAUGAUGAGAGGGGAGACUACUCAAUUGUGCCCGGUGAUCACCUUGCAUACAGGUAUGAGAUCAUUGACGUCUUGGGCAAGGGUAGCUUUGGACAGGUCGUACGCUGCAUUGAUCACAAGACUGGUGUGCUCGUUGCCGUCAAGAUUAUCCGAAACAAGAAGAGAUUCCACCAACAAGCUUUGGUCGAGGUCAACAUCUUGCAGAAGCUGCGGGAAUGGGACCCCAAGAACAAGCACAGCAUGGUCAACUUCACGCACAGCUUUUACUUCCGCGGCCAUCUCUGUAUCUCGACCGAGCUGCUGGAUAUGAACCUCUACGAAUUCAUCAAGGCGAAUGCGUUCCGUGGCUUCUCACUGAAGCUCAUCCGGCGAUUCACCAAGCAAAUGCUGAGCUCUCUCAGCCUUCUGAAGCAGCACCGGGUUAUUCACUGUGAUCUUAAGCCCGAAAACAUCCUCCUUCACCACCCACUUCACUCCGAAAUCAAGGUCAUCGACUUCGGCUCCAGUUGUUUCGAAAACGAGAAGGUGUACACUUACAUCCAAUCACGAUUUUAUCGCUCGCCUGAAGUCAUCCUGGGAAUGACAUACGGCAUGCCCAUUGACAUGUGGAGCUUGGGUUGUAUUUUGGCCGAGCUUUACACCGGUGUACCAAUUUUCCCGGGUGAGAACGAACAAGAACAACUUGCUUGCAUUAUGGAAGUUUUUGGGCCUCCCGAAAAACACCUCAUUGAGAAGAGUACUCGUAAAAAGCUCUUUUUCGAUUCAAUGGGCAAGCCUCGCUUGACGGUUUCUUCCAAGGGCCGCAGGCGUCGUCCCUCGUCGAAAACACUCCAACAGGUCCUGAAGUGUGAUGACGAGGCUUUCCUUGAUUUCCUGGCGAGAUGCCUGCGCUGGGACCCAGACCGUCGCAUGAAACCUGAAGAGGCUAUCCGGCAUGAAUUCAUAUCGGGCAUCAAGGCUUCUGCUCCCCUCCCACGACUUACCGCCCGCGAUGGGUCUCCUAUCAAGCGACACAACACCAUAUCCACCCCUAGGCCUCUACCUGAGCCCCCUGGAGGCGCGGGAGUCAAGACUGGCAGCAACUUUGCGCGAGCUAGCCCGCAAAAAAUGAUCACGGCUGGUUCGCGGCGCACGUCGAAUAUGUCAACAGCUAGUACCGUUUCAGCUGCGACAAAACGUGUCAGUACAGGAACUGGGACCUUGAUGAUGGGCUCGAGCAACCUCCCAAGGGCUGCCGGUCGCUCCGCUAGUGCCAAACAAGACCUGGCAGCCGCGGGGGCUACGGCAGCGAUGAACCGCCGGGCCUAGGAUGCCAAGCGAGGCCGGGCCAUGAUUUCGAUGACGGAACCCGCAUAACAGGUUUCGAAUCAUGACAACGAUGCAUAUGAGGAACAAUGGAUUUCUUUUGCGUUCUUGCGUAUACUACCAACACUUUUGAUAUCUUAUUUUCUAAUCACUUGGGCUCAUCGACCUAACAGGUCACCCAAAAACUUGACAUUUGACAUUGUCUUUUUCAUUUUACCCACGCGCGGCCAGCAAGUCUUCUAACGGAACGAUACCCUCUUUUGGCCAACUUCUAGGCUUGUAUGAUGUUGGUGGAGACGCUGAGCGCGGGUCUUUCCCAAUUUCAAAUUUCUCCAGUCGUUUUUUCCCCUUUGGAUCUAUAGAGAAAGAGCUCUCAUCCGUACAGUUAUGUUGUUUGCAGAGGAGAAAGUCAGGAGAAACGAGCUUACAGUGAUUAUUUCUUUGGCUGUACAAACUAUCAUUCUCAAGAAGUUACAUGACAAAAAGCGAAGAGGAAGAUAACUGCGUGCUUGAAAAGCACACUGCAACUAGACAUGAGACAAAAGGGACUGUUUUUUUUUAUACCAUUCAUGCCGUGCGCAAUCAGACGGGUUAUAGUAUACGGCCGGUCCUUGCAGGCUUUGUUAACUACCGAAAUGUACCUGUGUUUGGGGCCGGACGGAAUGGCUCCGACGGAAAACAACGAUGAUGGACGGAGGUGUGAGCAUAUGGCGAGAUAGAGAGAGGAAGUUUGAACCCUCAUUGUUUAGGUCAUCAUACUAAAAGAAGAAUCCAACUUUUUGCGCCGUAAGCAUAUGAAGAGUUCAGCCCUACGCCCUGCAGCCUGAUGACGGCGGGCCCGAAAAUAGUGAAUGUCU